AUGGGCUUAUUUCAGUCAAAGUUCGAGCCUAUCGUCGAUAGCAGGCGGAAACGAAUCCUUCCUUUGUUUCGUGCAAACCACCAUCAACAUCGUCCAUUAGAUGAAGAAGGACACAUGAAUUGUCUUCCAUUGAUGCUUUACGGAUGCAUUUUUUCUAGUUGCGAGCAUAAAGAAGUCAUAAAUCUCUUCGAGAACACUUCCCCGUAUCUCGAAAAGCAAACACACAAGAAUUUGGACACAUACGAAUUGGAUACCUUGGUCUACAAAUCACAUAUUGGUUUCCCGGAAUUUGUAGAGGGAUUCGUGUUGUUUUACGAAGAUCGACUUGUGUACGAUAGCAAUUACAGUAUAUACGACUUGACGCGCAAAAUCUUUGAAGCUGAUCCAGAAUAUAUCUUUGGUCUCUGUUAUGAAGGUUGUGUUCCGCUUGCAUACCUAGGCAUCGGUUUAGAAUUAGAUAUGCAAGAACCCGUCAUCGAUGCCUUCGCAGCAGCUGCAUGCUUCUCUCCUCCUUUAUCCGAAUCUGCUCCACCCAAAGAGCCUCUCUCAUUUUGUAAGAUAGUUGAAGAUGGUGGUCUUUCAGUAGCUGAGUUCCUACAAUACUUGGAGAAGAAUACUUUUCAGUCUGAUCAUUCUCCUAAAUCAUUCACCCUUACGUCGGUAACAUUGCAACAAGCUUUUAGAACGAUGGCUGAAAGAGAUUUUCUACGAUACUACACUGCAUACCUUGCAGCGACUGCUAUCCGCCAUUUGGAUGAAAAGCAUGAGGCGUCCUUUGAAAAGCUCCUCUCUCCUCUUUGUUCUCAGUUUCUAGUUUCUUUUCAGCAGGCUCCUUCCUUUUUUCGCACUUCUAUCGUCUCGUCUUGGAAAUCCAUGGCUGCUCUGCCAUCCACACCCAAAACCACUUAA